CAUUGUAUUUCCAGAACUUCGUUGCGCAUCACUUUAUAAUUGAAGACUAAAGGAAGGAUUAAUAUUGUCUUUAUAGUGGUAAAUUAGCUUAGUUCUGCUUCAUUAAAGUGCAAAUAGAAAAGGCCCAAUCUCUGACACACUAUAGACACACACGGUGUGUUUUCCUUUUCUUUAUCUGAGGACGUUACAAUAACAGCGUUAUUUUCAUUCAGCGACGCUCCGGUCCCUAUUGUGUUCUCCGUGCCGCACAGGAGUAAUAGAAUAUUACGCAGGGAUUACGGAGGUCAGGUUUAAAUUCGCCUAUUUUGCCCGUCUUGCCGAGCCGAUCGAUCCCUCAUGGUUUGCCUUUUUUUCUCUUCGACUUGCGGAAGGUGUUGACUUUCAUGUAAUAAAAAAAAAUCUUCAAGCUGGCACAUCAUCGUCUUCAUGGCCUUGUUGGCGGUCGGAUUUUUAGUCGAAGCCACGCCUUCCGUUUUUCCCCCGUCUGAUUAUUGGGAGCUCCGCCCCUGCACGCGUCUGUCGUCAAAAACCGAGACCCGCUUAAGCCAAUAAAAACACGCUUGCCUGUUACCAAGUUCAAAAAGGCAACGGAUAACUAUAGUAUCAAUCUGCAAAUGGUAUAAAUUUCCCCGAUUUGAUAUCUAGACAGUGUUCUACCCCCAUCCUCUUUGGUGCUGCUUGGUUUGGGGGUUAAAAAGUAACGCACAUCCGACAAGGACCUGUAAGUUAGCAAGAGGUAAACUUUGACAACUUCGAAAUGAUGGAGAUUCCAGAGGCUGGCUUUGCCAAUCAUGUGGGAUACGAAGAUUCUUAUUAUUCGGCUGUGCCCAAUCUUAACUUCAAUGAUGGAUCAUACCCGAUGUAUUCCGAAUGUCAACAAGACGGUGAUGCCCAGCAGAAUCUAGCAUUGAUGGGAAUAUCUUCCCAAAAUCAUCUAGAAACUAGCACCAGUUGGACUGAUGUCUUGUCAAGUGAGUGCGGAUUUAGUAACUUUGACCAAUAUUGUGCAGCAGAAGAAUCCUCAUCCAUUGAUUUAGACUUUUUGUCACCCAGUCCACAAUCUGUAAGCAAAAACGGAAAACCUAAACGGAAACGAGUGCAGUCCAAGUCCCAGCGGAAAGCGGCGAACGUUCGCGAGCGGAAGCGGAUGUUCCAUCUGAAUACCGCCUUUGACGAUUUGAGGAAGCGGCUCCCAGCAUUUAACUACGAAAAACGGCUCUCCAGAAUCGAAACGCUGAAAUUAGCCAUGACUUACAUUUCAUUUAUGAAAGACAUUUCCGAUGGUAAGGACCCCGAGAGCGUUAAACUGAAAGCGGGCAACACGAUCCCUUGUGAUAUCUUUAGUCAGACCGACAACGCCAGUUGUAGUGAAGAUUCUCUGAGUGCAUAGCGUUACUACAGGAUCUACACCACCAAUGUAUGAAUCGUCUUCCUCUGAAAACUUUCUUUCUAGACGAGUACAAACUUUUUGUCUGGCGUUGAGCGAUUGAAUUUUUUUCGUUCUUUAGAUUUGUCUUGGUAUGAAAGUUAUAAUAUAAAAAGUAAGCUGAUUUUACCCGUCCACCUGAAGAUUAUAAUAGUGUAGUGAAAGGAAGAAAAGAAGCUAAUAUUAUCUUAAAAUCUUCAUAUAUAUACUUAUAUUACAUGUAUAAAAAGUGUUCACGGACAUAUGAAAUCCGAAGUGUGUUCAUAUCAUGUAAAUCUUGUAUUUACAUACAUAGAAUGGCAUAUGUUUUAUACGAUUUUUUUUUUGUUAUUUUUGAUUCAUGUUCAUCAUAUAAACAUGAUAUUUUACUUCAUGAUCAUAACGCUCGCAAUAUUGAGAUUUCGUUCCAUUUUACAUAUCACGCCGUUGUGUGUUCAUGAAUUGAAUGAAGUAGGUUGUUCAUGAUACUAUCGUGUACCUACAUGUAUUGAACAAGCCCAUGUGUUCUUUUAUCAAUACCACUGAACUAUAGUGCCUGAAUUACUGUACAUAAUACUGCUGUUUUAUAUUAAUUAUACAUAUUUAUAGAUAACGAAGUUUUACGAUGGUUGAAAUAAAAAAAAAUACCAAUUAAUAUGACUUUGACGUUCUA